AUGGCGGGUGUGCCGGCGGUGCGCAUCAGCAUCGAGUCGGCGUGCGAGAAGCAGGUGCAGGAGGUGGGGCUGGAUGGCAGCGAGACCUACCUGCAGCCGCUCUCCAUGUCCCAGAACCUGGCGCGCCUGGCGCAGCGCAUCGACUUCAGCCAGGGCUCCGGCUCCGAGGAGGACGAGCCGGGUUCGGCGGGUCGCGCCUGGGCCGAGCCGGGCGAGGCGGAGGAUGAGGAAGGGUUGGUAAAGUUUCAGCCAUCCCUCUGGCCUUGGGAUUCAGUGAGGAACAACUUAAGAAGUGCCUUGACUGAGAUGUGUGUGUUGUACGAUGUUCUUAGUAUUGUCAAGGAUAAAAAGUUCAUGACUCUAGAUCCAGUUGUGCAGGAUCCCCUUCCUCCAAAACAGAAUCCUCAGUUUCUACAGUUGAUUUCAAAAAAGAAGUCAUUAGCUGGAGCAGCUCAAAUCCUGUUGAAAGGUGCAGAAAGAUUAUCCAAAUCAGUUGCAGAAAACCAGGAAAACAAGCGACAAAGAGAUUUCAACUCUGAACUACUAAGACUGAGACAGCACUGGAAGCUGAGAAAAGUGGGAGACAAAAUUCUUGGCGAUCUGAGCUACAGAAGUGCAGGCUCCCUUUUUCUUCAUCAUGGCACAUUUGAGGUGAUAAAGAACACUGACAUUGACCUGGAUAAAAAGAUACCUGAGGAUUACUGUCCUUUGGAUGUUCAAAUUCCAAGUGAUUUAGAGGGAUCAGCCUAUAUCAAGGUUUCUAUUCAGAAACAAGCUCCAGACAUUGGUGACCUUGGGACAGUCAAUCUCUUUAAAAGACCCAUGCCAAAAUCAAAACCAGGUUCUCCACACUGGCAGACAAAGUUGGAGACUGCACAGAAUGUUCUUUUAUGUAAAGAAAUUUUUGCCCAGCUGUCACGAGAAGCUGUUCAAAUUAAAUCACAAAUUCCUCACAUUGUUGUGAAAAAUCAGAUAAUCUCCCAGCCUUUCCCAGGUUUGCAGUUGUCUAUUUCUUUGUGUCACUCUUCCAAUGACAAAAAAUCACAAAAGUCUGCUUCUGAAAAACAGAAUCCAGAGGAUCAUCUAUAUGUUCUGGAACACAAUUUGCAUCAGCUUAUUAGAGAGUGUCAUAAGCAAACCCUGAGCUCAACAGUGAUGCCCCAUCCAGCUAGUGCGCCUUUUGGCCAUAAGAGAAUGAGACUUGCAGGACCCCAGGCUUUUGAUAAAAAUGAUAUCAGUUCUUUACAGUCGAAUGAAGGACUUCUGGAAAAGAUAAUAAAGCAGGCAAAACAUAUCUUUUUGAGGCGCAGAACUGCUCGAACCAUUGACAGUCUGGCUAGUCGUAUUGAGGAUCCUCAGAUUCAGGCCCACUGGUCCAAUAUAAAUGAUGUUUAUGAAUCCAGUGUGAAAGUUCUAAUAACUUCUCAAGGAUAUGAACAGAUAUGCAAAUCCAUUCAACUACAGCUGAACAUUGGAGUUGAACAGAUCAGAGUUGUGCAUAGAGAUGGAAGAGUUAUUACAUUGUCCCAUCAAGAGCAAGAACUGCAGGAUUUCCUUUUAUCUCAGAUGUCACAGCACCAAGUACAUGCCGUUCAGCAGCUUGCGAAAGUUAUGGGAUGGCACGUGCUGAGUUUCAGUAAUCAUGUUGGUCUGGGGCCGGUGGAGAGUAUUGGCAAUGCAUCAGCAAUAACGGUAGCAUCACCAAAUGGAGACUAUGCCAUUUCAGUACGUAAUGGUCCGGAAAGUGGCAGCAAAGUUAUGGUUCAGUUUCCACGGAGUCAGUGCAAGGAUCUCCCCAAAGGCGAUGUACUGCAAGACAACAAGUGGAAUCAUCUUCGAGGGCCGUUCAAGGAAGUGCAGUGGAAUAAAAUGGAAGGGCGUAACUUUGUGUAUAAAAUGGAACUCCUCAUGGCCGCCCUAACUCCAUGCUAAUAAUCCAUCAGCCUCUCUGUGAAGGCUUUAAAUCAUCACUGUGCUGCGAACGAUCACUGCCCGUGCAGCAAAGGGAAAUGGAACUUACGGGGCAAUACAAGAAAACAAAGCCAAAUUUAUUUCCUGUACAGAUAUGUCCACUGUAGUGUUUGUAAUAAAACUUUUUUUCAGUGACAUAUAAAAUACAACUUUUUGAAAAAGUUCCUUUCAGCUGUAUCUUUGCAGAUUGCUCUAUCUAGAGUAAUAUAGCUGAGUAAUUAACGUAUUUUUCUUUUAUAAAAUUAAAUUCAGUAGUCCUUUGCUACAUGAAAGGUAUCUGCUCAGAGUUGUUCCCUUUCCCCUCAUGCCCCUACUUUUUCUUAAUAGAUCUUUGCAAGUAUUUCUGAAAGAUGAAAAUUACUAGGAUUGAAUUGUGCUAUCGAUAGGCCUUUUAGUGGCUUAUACCACCGGGAAUGGCUGUCCUUGUGGAAGCUAAUGGACUUGUUUGAGAAGUGGGACAGCAGAGGAGACGCAGAGCUACCUUGUCAAGAAUUAAGGCUAAAUAAAACUUAAGAAUCAAGGAACAGUCUUCACUACGUGACAUUCUUGAGUUGGAGUUUAUACGUUGAUGUGGCUUCUGGGUGACCCAUUUUUGAGAGAGAUAUUUACUUAGUGAUUUGUUUAAGUUGAGAGUGUUAUGAAGUCACAGCUUGUGGCAAAUGUCUUCCUCUCUGAUGGCUAUAGAUGAGCCUUUGUUGUGUCAGUUAGUUUGCUUGUGGUUUCUGUCCUUGUUUUUUGCAGGCAUGUGGAGAAAAGGGUCUUACUCUGCUUGCAAAAUUCUGACAAUUUGAGUUUGUGGGUGACUUGUCUAAAUUCAUGUCUGGAUAGAAGCAGGUAACUCUCAUGCAGUAGACCUUGGAUCUGCACACUUGUGGUCUUCCUGCCCCCCACUGUCACUGAUUAUCAUCCAGGGAAACAAUAAUACCCUCCUGAAGAUCAGCUCUUUUGAGUUCUUUUAAAAUAAAAAAGUCAUGUUUUUGUCU